AUGGCUAUAUCAGAUCUUCUCAACCGCCGAGUGCGUGCCCGACCGGACGAGGAAGAAGAAGUCUAUUCCGAUUCGUCAGUAUCGGCUUCCGAAGCUCAAAGCGAUGAAGAGCAGUCAGACGAAUCAGGUUCAGAGGAUGCAAGUGAAGGCUCAGUGGAUGAAAGUGACGAUGAGUCAAGCCCCUUCGGGCUCGAAUCCGACCACGAAGAAGGCGACCCAGGAUCAGAAGAUGACCACAAUGACGACGACGUACAAUCCUCCAUUAAUAACAUAUCCUUUGGCGCUCUCGCCAAAGCCCAAGCUUCGUUCGGAUCCAAGAGCAAACGACGCACAAAAUUGCCAAAGGAAAACGAAGCGAAAGCUUCAAGUUCACCACUCGACGACAUUCGAGCCCGAAUUCAAGAAGCGCGCGAGCAAAAGCGCAAGGCGUUAUCAUCAUCAUCAGUAUCAAGGGAAACUACGAAAUUCGAGAAAUCAGCAUCCAGAUCAUCAAAACACGCUCCUAUGGUUCAGUCAUCGAAAUACGCCGUCUCCCGCAAACGUACCGUUGUUGAGCCGCCCAGUGCGCCCAAGACUCGCGAUCCAAGGUUUGAUCCGACUAUCGUUGGCCGUAGAGGGGGCGCCUCGGGCCCUAGCGACGCAUAUGCGUUUCUGGAUGAUUAUCGCGCUGCAGAACUCAAGGACUUGAAGGAGCAGCUUGCGAAAACGAAGGAUGUGAAGAGGAGGGAGGCGCUACAGCGGGAGAUUCGCUCUACGAUGGAUCGCUUACGGGCCAUCGAGAAUAAUAAGCGGGAAAAGGAGAUUGUGGCUGAGCAUAAUAAACGCGAGAAGCAGCUUAUCCGGGAAGGGAAGAAGAGUACGCCGUACUUUUUGAAACAAUCUGAGAUCAAGAAGCAGGCGAUGCUGAAGAAGUAUGAGGGUAUGAAGUCAAGAGAUCGAGUGAAGGCUCUCGAAAGGAGGCGCAAGAAGGCUACUGCGAAGGAAAGAAAGGAGAUGCCCAUGGAACGUCGGGGUAUGGGCGAAAGCCUUGAUUUUGAUCCGAGGAAACGACGGCGGUUUGAUUGA